AUGGAACCAUUUCCAUCAAAAAAAGCAUUUUACAAAGAUAUUUUCGACAAAAAAAUACAAUCUAAUGAUAAAUGGGAGAGUGGAAAUGGAUUUGAAUCGAAACAUUUGCGUUCUGAACAUUCUGAAAUCUAUCAAGACGAUUGGUACCCCAAAACGAAAUAUGUAGAAGUUGCAAUAAGUGCAUUAUCUGAAGCUUUUUCCCCAAUUGCACUAAAAGGACGAAUUGUAAACGUUUAUCACACAAACAUCGAAAAAAACUCAGAAAGAAGUUUAUUAAUAAUUUAUCUUAAAGAUGAAGUAGAUGUCAUAAAAGUUAAAUACUGGUUGAAUAAGAAAAAUGUAAAAGCAAUUCAUAAUAUGUUGACAAUUGACACAUUAUGCGCAGUUUUUGUAAUAAAAAAACAUACGGAUAAGGCAUUUAAUUUUGACUUCAAGAAUGUGUUAACAGUUCCAUUUUAUCUUGUUGUUUCAGAUGAUAAUGAAACAACACAUAUUUCAGUUUUUAAAGAUCAAGAUAAAUAUUAUAAAAAGCCUUUAAAAAUCCAAAAAAACGGAACAAUAGAAGGACUGAUGUCAUUAUUGACUUUUGUAAGUGGUGGAUAUAAAGCUAUUUCGAAGCCCAAAGUAUUGGUAUCAAUUCAAAAAAUUGGAAAUUUAAGAAAUCAUAACAUGAAAAAAGGAGCUUCGGAUAGAAUUGAACUAAAAGUUUUUGAUAAUACAUAUGAUGCUAUUUUUAUUUUAUGGGGAAAUAAUGCAAAAUCAGCUACUUUAUGGAAACCUUUUGAUACGAUGCUUUUGCUUACAAAUAUUUCUUUGUCAUUUUAUUAUGGGAAAGCAUAUCUUACUUUUGAAAAACAUUCUAUAAUUGAAAUAAAUCCAGAUAUAGAUAUGGAGCCACUUCGGAAAUAUUCAGAUGUUAUAAAAAAUAAACUAUCUAAUAUAUCUAAAUUACCAUUUCUUGAAGACGGAACUAUUAAUGCAUCUUUUGCUACUAUGUUUUAUACUCUUGCAGAAAUUGACAAUAUAGUUCGCUUAAAACCAAAUGAAUCUAUUAUUGGUUUUAUUAAUGUUCUUAUUACGAAAACAGCUAAGCUUUCAGCAUUUCGUUCUUUUAAUAAAAUUUUUAUUGGAAAAUGUUGUGGAGAAACUAUAAAUACUUUAGAUUAUAAUAUUAAAUGUUCCAAUUGUAAUCAGAAAAUAAGAGUAUUUAAUAAUUCAUUUAUUAUUAGACUUUUAGAUGAAUCAGCUCAGCUUUUAUAUCCUAUACUUUCAGCUACUUUAGAUCUAUAUAAUUCUACUGAUUCCGAACUUGACUAUUUUUCAGAAAUGAUUCUUUAUUCUAGAAUAUCAUUUGUAUUUGGAGUUGAAAUAAAUGAUAAUAUAUCUAAAAUCAUUUUAACAAAGAUAGUAAAUAAAAUAAGAUAG